AUAGGGCCCCUGUGUCCUUGCCCACACUCAAAAAAGCCUAGGGGUGGACUGACAACUCAUGGGGCCCCCGGGCAAUAGGGGAUCAUGGGGCCCCUGUGUCCUUGCCCAAACUCAGAUAAGCCUAUGAAAAAAGGUACCAGGGGCAUCUCAUGGGGCCCCCUACUGACCCCGAGCCCUCGGGCAGUGCCCGAGUUUCCAAAUGGUCAGUCCGCCCCUACUGUGGAACAACUGUACUCAUGAAGAGGAUUACCAGCUAGAUGGA